GGGACGUUUAAAACAGAUGGAGAUGAAAUAAACGGUAAUGGUUACAUUCACGGCACAGAAGAAAGUUGUCAUUCAGGUGGAAAAACGAAUCUGUUCCUGACAACUAUACCAGCGGUUGAGGUAUUCAUAGACUUUAGCUCUUCAUCGAUCCUAGUUAAACUUCACAUCUCCGUAACCGGCCCGAUCACUUGGAACUCUUAUUCCUGACACCUACAGUGGACCUUUUCACAAGUUUUAGAAUUUAAAAAACAUAUUUGUGAUGUCAGGGCGACGUCUUCCAACGACAGAGACUUUUGGAGAGCUGGCGGAUACAUUCGUUUCCUACAACGGUAAGGAAAUUGUUAAAUAGCGACACAAGCAUAUUCGGUUUAACCGAUCUUGGAAAACAUCUUCUUCGUAUAAAAAAAUAUAACCACCGUACGUUUUGGAACAAACAGACAGUUUCAAGCCAGAUGGGUUCACUCCAGAAUGCUGCCGGAGCUACCAAGAUGGUUUGACAAGCUCUUCUUUCCUUUGAAUGAAGAAAGUUUAACUUGCUAUAAGAAGCAGCUGCUCUAAACCAGAAGGGAGCAAUGCUCCCGGUAGCUUUCUCAUACAAACACAUGCGGAAAAAUAAACAGGUGAACUUUUAAACGAUGGAUUCCCCAGACUAUUAACAGGACUAACAUUCUCACCAGUUCGACCGAAUGAACAAGUUUCAUCUCUGCUUUCCUUUUAAUUUUUUUUUUGGAUCAUGACUUAAGAUACUUUGCAUGAAAGAAAAGAAGAGGAAGGCGCUUAACGGCACAGAAACUAGAAUUUUUAAUAUUUACUUUAUUUGAGAAUUUUUUUCAUCUCUAGUUAAUAAAAAAAAAAUCUCACUGGCUCUUAUGGGAAUGAAACACUCCUCCCGCUGCCUGCUCCUGAGGAGAAAAAUGGCGGAGUCUGAGAAUCCUGAGCAGAUUAACAGUGUCCCAUCCCAGUCUGUCCAGCCUGUGGCGCUUCCAAGGCCAGUGCAAUCCAUCCAACAUGUUCCACAUACUCCAGCACUGCCUAGUUGUCCAGGGCGAGGAAAGAUGGCAAAGCUUCUUAACCCGGAAGAAAUGACAUCCAGGGAUUAUUACUUUGAUUCCUAUGCACACUUUGGUAUCCACGAGGAAAUGCUGAAAGACGAAGUGCGGACACUCACAUACAGGAACUCAAUGUACCAUAAUAAACAUGUUUUCAAAGACAAGAUUGUCCUGGAUGUAGGAAGUGGAACUGGCAUUCUUUCAAUGUUUGCUGCUAAAGCAGGAGCAAAGAAAGUUUAUGGGAUUGAGUGCUCAAGUAUUUCAGACUAUUCAGAAAAAAUCAUCAAAGCGAAUCAUCUGGAUAACAUUAUUACCAUCUUUAAGGGAAAAGUGGAAGAAGUAGAGCUACCGGUUGAUAAAGUGGAUAUUAUUAUUAGCGAAUGGAUGGGAUACAGCCUUUUUUAUGAAUCCAUGCUGAACACAGUAAUAUUUGCAAGAGACAAGUGGCUGAAACCUGGAGGAUUGAUGUUCCCUGACCGAGCUGCUCUGUAUGUCGUUGCCAUUGAAGACAGACAGUACAAGGACUUCAAAAUUCAUUGGUGGGAAAAUGUGUAUGGCUUUGACAUGACCUGCAUCAGAAACGUUGCCAUGAAGGAGCCCCUGGUGGAUAUUGUGGACCCAAAGCAAGUGGUGACAAACUCCUGUUUAAUUAAGGAGGUUGACAUCUACACUGUGAAGACAGAAGAUCUCUCAUUCACUUCAGCGUUUUGUCUGCAGAUCCAGCGUAACGAUUAUAUUCAUGCACUUGUGACCUAUUUCAACAUCGAGUUCACAAAGUGUCAUAAGAAAACUGGCUUUUCCACAGCUCCUGAUUCCCCCUAUACACACUGGAAGCAAACAGUGUUUUAUUUGGAAGAUUACUUAACUGUAAGACGCGGUGAGGAGAUAUAUGGAACAAUAGCCAUGAAACCAAAUGAGAAGAACAUACGUGACUUGGAUUUCACUAUUGAACUGGAUUUCAAAGGACAACUUUGCGAGGCCUCAAUAGCCCAUGAUUAUAAGAUGCGUUAGGCACGUACAGAAAAGCGUCUGCAGCAGAUGUAACCUGGUGUUCUGAUUAGCUGGCAAAAUAAAAGCAAGUAUUGCACUUCUGGGGUUUGUGACAAAGGAAGAAGAGUUCAUUUCUGGAGAUUACCUGGCGCCAGGCCUGACCCGUAAAGCGAAAGGCAUAAUGAGAAAACUUACAACUUAUCUGCCAGUUUCGGACUCUUUGCAGUUCUCCGAUUGUAGGAAAAGAGACCAAGAAUGUAGUACGUAGUCGACCAUCUCAAUUGUUAUUUUGCUUCACUAUAAUUUUAACAGAAAACCUGGAUUAUUCUUAAAGAUGCUGCAUGAUUUGAAACAUCUGCAUAGGCUUUUUUUAUUUUAUCAAAAGGCUUCCAUUCAUUAUUGUUAUGAUGGUAGAAGUUAAAAGUAGACAAGCAGCCACUGGGAAAUUUGCAUUUCAUUUAUAAGGGACAACAUGUUGUUAUGAGACUUGACUAUGGUGUUACAUAAAAUAUAAGAGGACAUGUAGAGCAUUUGAAGAAGGCCCUGUGGCCCUUUUUUGCUAACAUGAUGUUUGUUUCUCAAAUUGUUUAAUUAAUAAUUUAAUCAUAUGUUGCAUGCCCUGUAAAUUUACAGACUUAAAAAAAAAACUAAAAAAAAAAAACUUAGUGGUUCUUAGUGGUAUUUGUGGGAGGAAUGUGACACAAGUGUAAGAGACUAAGUGGAAAACCUUACCUUAAAAGCUCAUUUCAUUUAUUUGGUUUUCCCAAAUGCAAUAUUCUUCAACGUUUGUUUUCGAUUUUAACCUUCACUGAAGGUUUUUGACGUUUUGUUCAUCGGAGGGUAAUUAACCAUUCAGUGUGCUGCUCUAAAGAAGUUAAUAAUAAAUAUCAAGGCAGCUUCAGUUCAGCGUCUGGAUGAAGACAACCAGUCAUGUUGAGACUGCUUACGCACAAAAGCUAAAACGAUACUUGACUACAUUCUUUGUGAAUUUUUCUUUAAUGAUGGUGUGUGUUAGGAUAUAACUCUGAUCUAUAAUUCUGAUUGUCUGACCUUGACUGUUACAUAUCAUUUUUGUGAUGAUGAUGAUGAUGAUGAUAUUAUUGCAUUGCUAACCUGUUUAUUGUUAAAUGAUAUACACGUUUGUUGGGCUAUAAUAUGUACUGGUAUUGUACUGAGAAGAGUGACUUAUUAUUAUUAUUAUUAUGUAAAAGCUUUUAUAAAUUUA